UCACGCGCACUCCAAAUAAUAGAACUAAUAAAAGCGGCGUUGUGGUGACGUCACAGGCUCGUCCCCACUCUACACACGUACACACGUCUUGGUCGUGUUGGCCACAUUCAGCCAACGAAAUCACACGCUUGCUCUUAACGUCAACUGGAUGCAAGUGCGAUGAUUUCCACACACAUUGGACGUUUGUUUGUGGUCCGAAGGCGACAAAGGGACAAGGAGAAGCUUCAGCACGCUUGACGACAUCCAUAAUGGGCGACUGUGUAAACUGCAUCAGACGUCUCUUAAUGAUCUGCAGCUCCCUCAUGGCUCUGCUGGGUAUUUUGCUCAUAAUAGUGACAGUGUGGAUCUUUUUGGAAAAUGAUGAAAUUGGAAAAGUCGUGAUGGUCAACUCCACGGUGAGAUCUUCCGUCAGCUGCGGCCUGUUCCUGGGUAUCGUGCUCUUCCUUGUGGGCCUCGUGGGAUGCUUUGGGGCCCUCCGUCAAAAGCAGUUCCUUCUCAGCUUGUUCUUCAUGGCCAUCAUCGUCAUCUACGUAAUGCAGCUACUUGGUCUCCUCUUGUUCUUCGUAAAUCGUACCAAACUCCAAAAGGAGGCCUUCAAAGCACAAAUGUAUGCAGCAUAUAGUGGGGCCAGUAGUGAAGCCAGUAGUGCAGAGGAAAAUCCAGCCGCACAGAAGACUUCAGAUUCCGAUUCAAAUCCUACUCCUCUAAGUCAUUGGGAUGGCUUGAUGCUGGCCUUUAAGUGCUGUGGAGUGUUCGGCCCGGAGGAUGUUAAAACCGGCAACCUCUCCGAAGUCCCCAAACAAUGCUGCGAAGAGCUGGCCGACGAUGUGAAAACAAACUGCCAGGACGGCAACCUCGUUGACAUCGUAUUCCCUUCCACGAUAGUGGGUUGUUAUGACAAAGUCCUUUCUGACUAUGAAGCAUACCCCUAUUGGAUUGGAGCCAUGGUCAUUUUGCUGCUCACCAUUGAGCUCCUUGCCAUGUUCCUUGCUGUGAUGCUCUACCGGGAACUCUAGUAGCAACUAAAUUUUUCGAGGAAGUAAAGAUAAUGGACACUUAUAAUUCCAUUGAAUUAGUUGUUUAUUUAACAAUUGGUGCAAAACAGGAAAUUCUUAAACUUGAGUCGUUGAGUUGGACUUUUGAGGUAGUGGGUAACAAAGUAACACGUCAAAAGUGGGAAUCUGGUCUUGUCGAUUGGGAAUAAUAAGUUGACACGGCCAGAAAAAGCGUAAAGGUGCUGCACUGACUUUUGGAUUUCAAGUCAAAUUUGCUUACCUGGAGACAUUUUUUUUUGGCUCCUCUGUCAAAAAUUGUUGAGGACUUGACUUUCACCAGCCUGAACUUGAAAAGGCUGAGAAGAUCAGUUUUAGAGUUAGGUUGAAUCAGGACUAGCAUCAAAUCCUUGGCUUUUUAUCAUUUGUUUACUUUGUAAAACUGCCGAUUAUUGUGUGAGACACGCGUAUUAAAAUGAAUAAUAUAAUUGCAUCGGGGGUUUGAAAGAUGUGCUUUUAGCAUCAUAAUUGUCACGUUCUUUGCUAAGUACAUGGACAGUCAUAUGACGUUCAUAUAACAAUAUUUUUGACGCUGUAUGUUUAUAAGUUGUGUUUAAAAUGCUAAGCCUUGUUAUGUUUUCUAUAUCAGUAGGUUGCUAGAGGUGGGAUUUAUGGCUCU